AGAGGCCACGGGCUGUAAGACAAGAGUUACAAAACAUUUGCAGCCAUUAACAUCCUCACGUGUAGCGCGGCGUUAUGCAAACACUGAAGUUCCUGCUUCUCCACCGCAGCACUGACCACUGAACAUCACAGGAGGGGAAAUGAAAAGCAGAGCUGCGGACUCAGAGGGAUCUAAAUCGAAGGGGAAAGGGAAGAAGAGACCCGCUGAGAAGUCUGCUCCUUCUCUCUCCAGAACACGACGAGACAAGAAAGAUGGAGAAACAUCUAAAGCAGGACCCCCUCCCCUCAAGUUUGCAGGAGUCCAGAGGAGAGGCGUGCACGGGAGCAUCCUGCACUACAUUUAUAAGAACACUCUGGGACAAAGUCUUCACUCACAGAUGAGACAGUGUCUCCAGGAGCCGUUCAUCCGAUCUCUAUCGUCGUAUCAUUUUCACAGCGCCACCAGCCCCUUCGACCGCAGGAUCACCUGUCUGGAGUGGAAUCCUGUUCACCACACCACUCUGGCCGUGGGCUCCAAAGGUGGAGACAUUCAUCUGUGGGACUAUGAGGUCCCCACGAAAAAAAGCUUUAUUCAGGGGAAUGGUGCAGGAGACUUUAUCGGAGGGAUGAAGUUUUGCCCCACAGACUCCUCCAGAGUGUACGUGGCCUCUGGUGAGGGAAAUCUGAGCAUGCACAGCUUUGAGGGCCUCACACCCACCACACUGUCCAGAACUCAAGACUGUGGCCAUGAUCACCACAACGUUUGUUACUGGUACUGCUGUGUCGAUGUGUCUGUGAGCAGGCAGAUGCUUGUGACAGGAGACAAUAUGGGACAGCUGUUACUCCUCGGACUGGAUGGACAAAAGAUUUUCAGCAACAAGUUGCACAAGGCCAAAGUGACCCACGCAGAGUUCAACUCCAGAUGUGACUGGUUGUUGGCGACGGCCUCAGUUGACCACACGGUGAAGCUUUGGGACCUGAGAAACAUAAAGGACCAGAAGAGUUUCCUGCACGAUCUGCCUCAUGAAAAGGCUGUCAACUCAGCCUGUUUCAAUCCGUUGGACUGCUCCAAGCUACUCACCACAGAUCAGUACGACGAGAUACGCGUCUACUCAUCCUGUGAUUGGUCGAAGCCUCAACACAUCAUCCAACAUCCUCACAGACAGUUUCAGCAUCUCACACCCAUCAAGGCAACAUGGCACCCGGUGUACGACCUGAUUGUGGCCGGCCGCUACCCUGACGACCGUGUUUGCUCAGGUGACCAGAGAACCAUCGACAUCUAUGACUCCAACACAGCAGAGCUUGUGUAUCAGCUGUACGACCCCACUGUGUCAGGGAUCAAAUCUAUUAACAAAUUCAAUCUCAUGGGUGAUGUGAUUGGAUCUGGAAUGGGCCUGACGGUUCUAGUCUGGGACAGGAACGAGUCACUGAUACGUGAUGGGGACACGCAGCAGCAGGAGGACGCCUCAGCCUCAGUGGAAAGUCUGAGACGGCAGAGGAGGAGUCGGCCGCGCACCAACAAGGAACGGAGAGGUCCGGCUGUGGAUGCAAAGCUGAAGAGGAAACUGGCUUCUCUGGAAGAAUGUGAGACCAAGACCAAGACAAAACAAAAACAAGCUCAGAUGAGGAAGAAGUGAACUUUCAAAUAUUCGGGACUUUAAAAGAAACUCACAUUUACAUUCCUUUGUUUGUUG